UAUCUUCAGUGGUUAAUGGGUGAGAGGCGGGGUCCACUCUGGACAGGUUAUCAGUCUAUCACAGGCAGUCAAAUACAUUAAAAACGGUCUGCUUCUGUGACAUAAUCCGGUGGCAUCAUGCCUAAUAGAGGUUUCCUACCUGUCAGAAGAACCAGAAGUUUUGAAUUCCUGCCACCUGAUUUGAAAAGUCCCAAAUCUGGAACAGUACUGCCUCUUUUAAACCUGGUUCUGUGUGGGAGGAGUGGAGCAGGGAAGACCUCAGCAGCCAAGGCCAUCUUGGGUCAGACUGAGCUUCAUUCAGCCUCCAAGAUAUCAGAGAGCGUUAAAAACCAGGGAGAGGUCAGCGGACGUUGGGUUUCUGUGGUGGAGCUGCCUGCCUUGUACGGACGAUCAGAGCGGGAAGUGAUGGAGGAAUCAUUCAGGUGCGUCUCCCUCUGUGAUCCUGAGGGGGUCCACGCCUUCAUGCUGGUCCUACCUGUGGGUCCCCUCACUGAUGAAGACAAGGGAGAGUUACAGACCAUCCACGACACGUUCAGCCCUCGGGUCAAAGACUUCACCAUGAUUCUGUUUACUGUGGAGUCAGAACCUACAGAUCCAGAUUUUGGUAACUUUGUAGAGAAGAACAAGGACAUCCAGGAACUCUGUCAGAGCUGUGGAGGAAGAUAUGUUGUUCUCAACAUCAAGGACAGACAGCAGAUCCCAGAGCUGUUGGAGAGGGUGGAAGUGAUAAAACACAGCUAUACAACAGUGAUGUUUGCAAAUACCCAAACAGAGAGAGUCAUUCAACUCCAGAAAGAGGUAGAAGAGUUUAAGAAGGAAAAGAUUGCUCGCGAGGAGAAAAACACUCCAGAGUGUCUCAGGAUUGUCCUGAUCGGUAAAACUGGGAGUGGGAAGAGUUCAUCUGGAAACACCAUCCUGGGAAGAAAGGCGUUCACUUUUGGAUCUAGUCAAAAAUCCGUAACUAAAUGCUGUCAAAAAGAACAGGGUAUGGUCGAUGGUCGCCCUGUUGUUGUCGUCGACACUCCUGGUUUAUUUGGCAACAGUCUUUCCCAUAAAGAGGUAAACCAAGAGCUGGUGAAAUGCAUCAGUCUUCUGGCGCCAGGUCCACACGUCUUCCUGGUGGUGAUUCCAGUUGGCAGAUUUACAGAAGAGGAGAAGGAGACAUUAAAACACAUCAAGAAAGUUUUUGGAAAAAAAUCAGAAAACUUUUCUAUCAUUCUUUUCACUAGAGGAGAUGAUCUGGAGUAUGAGGAGAAGUCCCUCCAAGAGUAUGUUGAAAAGGAUUGUGAGGAACCGUGUAAGCAGCUGAUCAGAGACUGUGGAGGGAGAUACCAUGUGUUCAAUAAUCGGGCUAAAUGGAAUCAAUUACAAGUCAGAGAGCUGAUCAGAAAGAUCAACACCAUGGUGAAGGAAAACGAAGGCAGCUUCUACACCAACGGGGAGCUACAGGAGGUAUAACAAAAAUAAAAUUAAGAGAAUCUUGAAGGAAAAGCAAGAAGAUGUGAAACACACUAAAGGAGGAGCUUGAAAGAAAACAAAGAAGAAAAAGAAACAAUGAGAAUAACAAUGAGAGUCACGCUGGAAUCAGACCUGUAACACAAGCAGGUCUGCACAUACCUACUCUUUUGUACUUUGCCCACUGCAUGUUCAAGCACUCACCCAGAUCCGUGAUUUCACUUAGUGGACAAAACUCUAUACCUAAACCACUCCUUUUCUUUUUUUUCAGUUGUUUUCAGCAAAUACAUGCUUUAAAGUUAUUUAAUGUUUAAUCAAAUAAAGCUCGGUCUGUCAGGUAUAGUCCUGUGAAUAUCAGCCCUAUUUAACUGAGAUAAUACAACAAAAAAGCGUUAUAUUUAAAGUUUUACAGCCAUGUUCUUUCUAUGCUUAUAGAAAAUACCAAAAUCCAGUUUAUUAUGAUAAAAUAGGUUAAUUACACCAAGCAGCCGUCUAGUGUGUUGAUAUAUAAUUAAACUUACCUUAAUAGUUCUGUUUGAGGUUAAAUAGAACCCAGCACAGGGCGCGAUGAGCAGAUAUAAACAGACGUAGCGCCAUCUAUUGGCAGUACCGCAGAACUAUACUAAACCCAUAUGCCGAUUAAUAUUAGAACAUCACUAAUAAAUUAAUUUUCCAUUCAUAAACUGAAACAGAGACACAGAACCAAGGUGAGAACCACUCAAACAGUUGCUCUGUUUAUAAUGUUGUUUGUAUCUAAGACUGUAGAGGCUAAGAAGCACAUUGCUAUUUCUAUUAUCACAGUAUU